GUGAAUUAUAGGCAGGCGGUGAACAGCUGAGGACAAGAACGUUUUAUUUUCACAGAGGGCGUUCGACCUUCUCAUCAAAGUGCCUCGCUUCGUCGUAGUGUUCGUACUCAUCUAAGGUCCUGAAAAAUACUUACACAAAAUGGCACUUAAAUUAAGGACCAAGUUGCCACAAUUGGCACAAACGAUGGCUCGUCAGAUGUCAUCCCAUGACAUCUUCUAUCACGACCAGAGAGAGCUGUGUGGCAACAGGGAGAUUGUUGGACAUGGAAAGAGUGGCAAAUACACUUAUUACGAUGGCCAUGAUUUGCCAUUCCCAGCUAUCCGUUUCCGCCCGGAUGAUGCUGCCAGCAAGGCACUCCGUGAGAAGGAAAAGGGAGACUGGAAGAACUUGACUCUUGAAGAGAAGAAAACCCUUUACCGACACAGCUUUUGCCAGACUUUCGUUGAGAUGGAUGCCCCCGAUCCAGAGUGGAAGGCUGUUCUUGGGUACACUCUUAUUGGUGUUGCUGUUGCUUGGGGAAUGUAUCUGACAACUGCUUCUAUCAUGCCUGAGCAUCCUUACCGCGAAUUCUUUGAUGCUCAUGAGACAAGAGUAGCAUCUGAGCAGAGGAAGCUUGACCGUGGAACUUACAAGGAUAAGGACUUCACUGGUUGGGAUUAUGAGAAUCGUAAAUGGAAGGAAUGAAUUGUGUAGCAAUUUUAGACAAAUUGUAAUUAAAUGUCUUUUAAAUCAAUCAUUGUGAAGGCUAUGCCUCAAGCUUAGUUCUGACAAUUUGUUUGCAAGACAGCUUGAAAAAGUGCUUUUAAAGUUUCCAUUCUGUAAAUAUGUCUUUCAAGCAAUAAACCGGGUAACAAUUUGAA